AAAAGCAAGGGGCGGUCGAGCUGGGCCGCCGCGCCCCUCUGCUCGCAGCGCUGCUCUUUGACCUCGCAGGGUGUGAAGAAGAUGCGCAGCUCCACGCAGCAGGACCCGCGCCGCCGGUACCCCCAGGACGACGUGUACCUGGACAUCACCGAUCGCCUUCGUUUUGCCAUUCUCUACAGCAGACCAAAGAGUGCAUCAAAUGUACAUUAUUUCAGCAUAGAUAAUGAACUCGAAUAUGAGAACUUCUCCGAAGACUUUGGACCACUCAAUAUGGCAAUGGUUUACAGAUAUUGUUGCAAGAUAAAUAAGAAAUUAAAGUCCAUUACAAUGUUAAGGAAGAAAAUUGUUCAUUUUACUGGCUCUGAUCAGAGAAAACAAGCAAAUGCUGCCUUCCUUGUUGGAUGCUACAUGGUUAUAUAUUUGGGGAGAACCCCAGAAGCAGCAUAUAGAAUUUUAAUCUUUGGAGAUAAAUCCUAUAUUCCUUUCAGAGAUGCUGCCUAUGGAAGCUGCAAUUUCUACAUUACACUUCUGUCCUGUUUUCAUGCAGUAAAGAAGGCAAUGCAGUAUGGCUUCCUUAAUUUCAACUCAUUUAACCUUGAUGAAUAUGAACACUAUGAAAAAGCAGAAAACGGAGAUUUAAAUUGGAUAAUACCCGACCGAUUUAUUGCCUUCUGUGGACCUCAUUCAAGAGCCAGACUUGAAAGUGGUUACCACCAACAUUCUCCGGAGACUUAUAUUCAAUAUUUUAAGAAUCACAAUGUUACUACCAUUAUUCGUCUGAAUAAAAGGAUAUAUGAUGCCAAACGCUUUACAGAUGCUGGCUUCGAUCACCAUGAUCUUUUCUUUGCAGAUGGCAGCACCCCUACUCAUGCCAUUGUCAAAAGACUUCUGGAUAUCUGUGAAAAUGCUGAGGGUGCCAUCGCAGUACAUUGUAAAGCUGGCCUUGGUCUCACGGGCACUCUGAUAGCCUGCUACAUCAUGAAGCAUUACAGGAUGACAGCAGCCGAGACCAUUGCAUGGGUAAGGAUCUGCAGACCUGGCUUGGUGAUCGGGCCUCAGCAGCAGUUUUUGGUGAUGAAGCAAACAAGCCUCUGGCUGGAAGGGGACUAUUUUCAUCAGACGUUAAAGGGGCAGGAGAAUGGACAACACAGAGCAGCCUUCUCCAAACUUCUCUCCGGUGUUGAUGACAUUUCCAUAAAUGGGGUCGAGAAUCAAGACCAGCAAGAACCCAACCCUUACAGUGAUGACGACGAAAUCAAUGGAGUGACACAAGGUGAUAGAAGUCGGGCCCUGAAAAGGUGAAGACAAUCAAAAACAAACGAUAUUCUUCUCCCAUCUCCCCUGGCUGUGCUGACCUUUACACUGUGUAGUGUUGUCAUCUGGUGGAUUGUUUGUGACUACAUUCUUCCCAUCCUGCUAUUCUGACUCGAAGAUUUCAGAACAUAGUAGCCAUCAGGACCCCCUGACAGCUGCUUCUCUCCAUUUCAAGGACUAAAAGGGUUUUGCAUUAAGUAAAAACCUGUGACCAGAACUGAAGGAAGACUCUAGGAACUGAAAACUGCAACAGAAAUUAGCACAAUUUGAAAACAAAACAAAAUUGCAAAAGACUUAGUUGCUUUCCACCUAAGAAGCUAAUCAAUGGAGAAAAUGUCCACUGGGGUUUCAGUAAUGAACUUUUGAGUUUGGGUGCAAGCAAAUGUACCGAGACCAGCUCAGUCAGGGAGACCCUUACCCAGUGGCGCUAGAGGAAUUAAAGACACACACACAGAAAUACAGAGGUGUAAAGUGGGAAAUCAGGGGUCUCACAGCCUUCAGAGCUGAGAGCCCUGAACAGAGAUUUACCCACAUAUUGAUUAACAGCAAACCAGUCAUUAGCAUUAUUUCUAUAGAUAUUAAAUUAACUAAAAGUAUCCCUUAUGGGAAACGAAGGGAUGGGCCGAAUUAAAGGCAUAGGUUGGGCUAGUUAACUGCGGCAGGAGCACGUCCUUAAGGCACAGAUCGCUCAUGCUAUUGUUUGUGGCUUAAGAAUGCCUUUAAGCAGUUUUCCACUCUGGGCUGGGUGGGCCAGGUGUUCCUUGCCCUCAUUCCGGUAAACCCACACCCUUCCAGCGUGGGCAUUAGGGCCAUUAUGAACAUGAUACUGUGCUGCAGAGAUUUUGUUUAUGGCCAGUUUUGGGGUCAGUUUAUGGCUGGAUUUUGGGGGGCUUGCUCCCAAAAAGAAUGACUCAAAGAAAGGCCCAGCUCUCAAGCUGAAUGACAAAAAUGCUGUUGUAAAUUUAGUCUCAGGUGUAAAUACCCAAGCCCUCUGGUACCCAGGGAGCUGGCUGGUCUGUGGUGCAUGUGUGUCCUUGUGAUGGCAAGCAUUGUAGUUGCUGGCCUUCAGAAGAAUUGAGGAUCUGAUGGAGGUUUUUUAUGUAUUUAUUUUCUGUUCAGCUUGCGACCCUGUGUCAAAAUUUGUAAAGAUACAAAAGGCAUUACUGAAAUGGUACUUUGUGUAAUUUGAUACUAUUUGGCUUUAUCAUCUUCACUUGACUGUUUGUAAUACUGUUGUAAUAUUAACUCUGAUAAGUACCCAAGCUGCUUGUCUUCCACCAAAGAGUGCUAUAUUAACAAGAAUCUGUGAAAACCACAUUUAAACACUGUUGCAUGUUGUAAUACCAGGUGAUACCUUGGUAACCUAAAACUUGCAAGAGAAUAUUAAUGGUAGCUUUAGAAGACUCAGGAGGAGAAACUGACUUCAGAGUUGGAAGAUGUUCCAAGUCAUUCCUUUUUCUGUCCUUUAGGGACUGAAGAACUGGGAGGUUGCCCAUUGUUUGGUUGCCGGUCAUACAAAUUAAAAUCAUAUUUCCUUCCAUGCAUGGAAAAAACACACAAUUGGUUUUUUGCCUUGGAAACAGCAAUCUCAAAUAAUGUCGGCUUUAAAAAAAAAAGUUACCGCUUUUUUAGAAUCCUUCUCUGUAACAUUGGAUUUUUUUUUUUCCUUAUGAGAUCAGCCUAAGGUCAUUGAUAAGGCCUGUGAUCUCAGUAACAACGAUCUGCUUCUGAAUCUCACUGUUGCCUUUGGCUAGGGAACACAACUAGUAACUGCAGAGUGCCUUCUCCCGCAACCCUACUGGAACACAGCAGAGUCUGUGCCAUGAAGAAAUUAGAGAAACAGAAUUGUUUCGCUGCUAAAAAAAAAAAAAAAAAAAAAGUGGGGCCCAAAAUAAAAGAAUAUUUAGUAAUCAUCUCAGUUCCUUCCAUAAGAAGUGGGUGGUUUAAUGAUUGUUAACCCAUUUUUGCCUGUGCUGGGAGCAUGGAGGGCUGAGAUGUUGACAGGUAGUGGGAAACAAAUGCCCUCCCAAGUCACAAGGUGUGCGCCAGAUCAGGAGGCAACUCCAUUUUAAGAAGCUGCCUUUUUCAGAAAACUGUAAGAAAUCAAAGCAGUUGGAAUAAACAAGUUAAAGUCUUUAAUGCAAAAAGUAAUUGAAAGGCAGUGCCUCCAUUUUGGUGUACUUUCUUGGAAGAAAGUAUGAAAUUGACCGGCAUCAGGAGAGACGGAAGAUGCUGUAUUCUCAGCCAAACAAGUGACUCUUUCCCUGCCAAGCACUACGGGGUGGGGUCAGGCUAGCUUUUAAACACUGGGGACUGGAUCACAGAAAAACAGUGGUUUUCUGUCCCUGGAAAUGAAUAGGCACAAAGACCCACUUGGCUGUGGGAAGACCACUCUUCAAUAAGAUUUUGGUGGGAGGAAGAACAUUCCUUUUGCUAUUUUAAGCUGAGACAAUAUAAAUAUUUAAACUGUGCCAUGCAUAAAGCAUUGAAUUCUCAGGGCACUUCUUCUUCCCCUUACCCUUUUUGAGGCCAUCCCCUUCAUAAAUAGUAAUCCAGGUAGUUGUGAAAAUUGUGCUUCCAUCUGAUUCCUUCUUAGUUUGGCUUUUCAUCCCAUCAGAACAAGUAAAUGUGGGUGCCACAGCUUUUGUGAGUACUGUCUCCCUCACGGUGAACAAGCCUCCUGGUGUUUCGUCCAAGAAAAGGAAGGGUGUUGGCGGAACCACAGUCCUUUUUCAUUUUAUAAACUGCCUCUUCAUGUUGCCUGCUCAAGUUUCCACCUAGAAUUGCUAUCACUGUGACUCUUUCUAAAAAUCCUUCUGUUUAACUGGUUCACUGAAAUUAGUCAUAGAAAAUUGGUGAUUUGGUGAAGAAACAUUCCUUGUAAUAACCAAAUGACUUGGGAUGGUGUGCAUAGCAACAGUGUCACACUUAUGGGGACUGUCUCUAGACUUAUGGGGACCGUCUCUAGAAUCCAGGAAGUCUCUGGGUCUGAGGGAUGGAAAGUUCUUCCUGCUAUGAAUGAGAGUGGACUUUUCCCCUCACCCCCAACUAAAACCACAAACACCCAGAAUCUUCUGGGAUUAGAGUCCUUGUUAUAGAAGACCUUGUUGCUAUGGAACAUGAAACUGUGUCUGUCAGAUAGAUUCCCUUAAGAGCCUUAAAUAGCCCUGAAAGUACACGGACAGUUUGCAAUGGAAUUAAAAUUAGAAGUGAAUAUUUUUAAGUGCCCUUAAAGCUUUCUGGGGACUCAAAAUUAUCAAGAGUCAAGGACAGUCUGGAGGAAGAGCAUCUGCAAAACUGGGUUCCUAGAAGUACGGAUGGACGUGGCUUUUUGUAGAACUUGGUGGAGAGCAGCGCCUCAUGACAGCAGAAUGGCCUGGCGUGGCCAGUGCUUCCUGGCAGCACGCGGGUCUGCCGGCCUCCAGAAUUUCCCCGUUCUGAGCUUGAUGCCCCUAGCCUGUCCCCUACCUACUUCCUCCCCUCCCCUCUAGCCCUCUCACAGGGGUGAUUGCUACCUCUCUCUUUUCUUGGGCCUAGGCAAGUUUUAGAGGAGUUCCCAAGCAUUGUCAUGAGGCCAGUGUGCUGGAGGCCAGUGUGCUCGCUGGGGCUGGGCUGGAUGUCCUGGGCUUGUGCAUGGCCUGAGGGCUCUCCUGGAGCCCUCCCUUUUCCCAGUCACCGUCUGAGCCACAGAAGCAGUGCACUCAUUGGAUGUCUGUUGUUAACAUAGCUUCUCUUUCUACAUUAAAAAAAAAAUCAUUAUUGCAUUUUGGAAAGCAGUGCUCAUCACAAGCAACUUUUAAGACCCAUUUUAUUGUUCCUUUAAAUGUUCUCUCCUGCUGACACUGCCCUGGAGAGGAUAGCUGCUGUUCUUCCAUUUCCCCAUAUCAGGGUAUUCUCCUCGUCACUGAGUAGAGAUGACUCCGGAUGUGUUUAAAGACUGGACAAUUCACCUAUACUGUGCAGGAAAUUACCUCCUUAAUUACCUGGUAAAAUUGUCAACAGACAUGUUCAUCCGGUGAUAGUACUGCAGUUUUCUAUUAACAAUUUGCAGACUUUUAUCUA